AUGUGUGUUCUUGAAUUACCUGAGCUCCAAAAGAUUUUUGAGAUGUGUGAGCAAGACAUGGUUGGGGAAGUAAGCGUGGAAGAGAUUUUCACGGUUUUGAGCAGGGCUGGCAUUGGCAUCGGAGGUGAUGAACUGAAGGCCAUUGUGGGAUCCGAGAGAUUGAACUUCGAGCGAGGAGGUGGAGAAAGUGCUUUGGAGACUUGGGUUGUGGGAGGGGAAGGAGGGGAGGAUUGGAAGAUGAUGAUACAGAAGUUUGAUGAGAAUUUAGAUGGGCGUUUGGAUUUUCAAGAGUUCAAGAACAUGAUGUUGAGGAGAAAUGUGCUG